GUCCCCUCUGCCUUCUCUUCGGAGGACUCCGGUACUGGCUUCACUGCGGACCACAGAGCACUUUAAGGAGGAAUCCUCAGCAGCUGCAAGGCCUUCCCUCCCUGGACCCUCAUGGGUAGUUUCUGCCUCCGACGAUGAUGGAGAGCCUAAUACGGGGAAGGAAUCCCCCACAAUAUCAGCGAAGUCCUUACAAGGAGGCUCGUGCAGCCCUUCGAAAGAGGCCUGAAGAGGAGUUGCAGUGCCUGGAGAUGACCACCAAACGGAAGCUCAUUGGCCGCCUGGUGCCAUGCCGCUGCUUCCGCGGUGAGGAAGAGAUCAUCUCAGUGUUGGAUUACUCCCACUGCAGCCUGCAACAGGUGCCCAAGGAGGUCUUCAACUUUGAACGCACACUAGAGGAGCUCUAUCUGGAUGCCAAUCAGAUCGAGGAGCUGCCAAAGCAAUUGUUCAACUGUCAAGCUCUGCGGAAACUAAGCAUUCCUGAUAACGACCUCUCAAGCCUGCCAACCUCCAUUGCUAGUCUCAUUAAUCUGAAAGAACUCGACAUCAGUAAAAAUGGUGUACAAGAAUUUCCAGAAAACAUAAAGUGCUGUAAGUGUUUAACCAUUAUUGAAGCCAGUGUCAAUCCCAUUUCUAAACUACCUGAUGGCUUCACACAGCUUCUUAACCUGACCCAGCUCUACCUGAAUGACGCCUUCCUUGAAUUUCUUCCAGCUAAUUUUGGAAGACUUGUCAAAUUGAGAAUCUUAGAGUUAAGAGAAAAUCACUUGAAAACUCUACCAAAGUCAAUGCACAAACUGGCCCAGCUGGAAAGACUUGACCUUGGCAAUAAUGAAUUCAGUGAGCUGCCUGAAGUUCUGGAUCAAAUACAGAAUUUGAGGGAGCUGUGGAUGGACAACAAUGCAUUGCAGGUGCUGCCUGGGUCUAUAGGGAAGCUAAAGAUGCUGGUAUACCUGGAUAUGUCAAAAAAUAGGAUAGAAACGGUUGACAUGGAUAUUUCUGGAUGCGAAGCCCUUGAGGACCUCUUACUAUCAUCCAAUAUGUUGCAACAGCUGCCUGACUCAAUAGGAUUGCUGAAAAAGCUAACGACUCUAAAAGUAGAUGACAAUCAGCUUACAAUGCUACCCAGUACAAUCGGAAACUUAUCGUUACUAGAAGAAUUUGACUGCAGCUGCAAUGAACUGGAAUCCCUUCCUUCCACCAUUGGCUACCUGCACAGCCUGAGGACCUUAGCAGUUGACGAGAACUUCCUCCCAGAAUUGCCCAGAGAAAUUGGAAGUUGUAAGAAUGUCACCGUUAUGUCUCUACGUUCCAAUAAGCUAGAAUUUCUUCCUGAAGAAAUUGGGCAGAUGCAGAGACUGCGAGUCUUAAAUCUGAGUGAUAAUAGGUUGAAGAAUUUGCCAUUCUCUUUCACCAAACUCAAAGAGCUUGCAGCACUGUGGCUUUCCGACAAUCAGUCCAAGGCCCUUAUCCCUCUACAAACAGAAGCCCACCCAGAAACCAAGCAAAGAGUACUGACCAACUACAUGUUUCCCCAGCAGCCCCGUGGUGAUGAAGAUUUCCAGUCAGACAGCGACAGCUUCAACCCCACGCUGUGGGAGGAGCAGAGACAACAGCGCAUGACUGUUGCCUUUGAAUUUGAGGAUAAAAAAGAAGAUGACGAAAGUGCUGGGAAAGUUAAGGCGCUCUCCUGCCAAGCCCCCUGGGACAGGGGCCAGCGUGGGAUUACUCUCCAACCUGCCAGGCUGUCUGGCGAUUGCUGCACACCAUGGGCCAGGUGUGAUCAGCAGAUCCAAGAUAUGCCCGUCCCCCAGAGUGACCCCCAGCUGGCAUGGGGUUGUAUAAGUGGUCUCCAGCAGGAGAGGAGCAUGUGUGCUCCAUUGCCAGUGGCAGCACAGUCCACCACUCUUCCUUCUCUAAGUGGCAGACAGGUUGAAAUAAACCUAAAACGAUAUCCAACUCCUUACCCAGAGGAUUUAAAGAAUAUGGUAAAAUCUGUUCAAAAUCUGGUGGGUAAGCCAAGCCAUGGAGUGCGUGUUGAGAACUCAAAUCCAACAGCUAACACGGAGCAAACUGUGAAAGAAAAGUUUGAACACAAGUGGCCGGUGGCCCCAAAGGAGAUUACAGUGGAGGAUUCUUUUGUUCAUCCAGCUAAUGAAAUGAGGAUUGGGGAACUUCACCCUUCAUUAGCUGAGACCCCUCUGUACCCACCCAAACUUGUUCUGCUAGGGAAGGACAAAAAAGAAUCAACUGAUGAGUCUGAAGUUGACAAAACUCACUGUCUGAAUAACAGUGUCUCCUCAGGCACCUACUCAGACUACUCGCCUUCCCAGGCUUCCUCGGGAUCCUCUAACACCCGGGUGAAAGUGGGGUCCCUACAGACAACAGCUAAGGAUGCCGUCCAUAACUCUUUGUGGGGUAACAGGAUUGCACCACCUUUCCCACAGCCUCUGGAUGCGAAGCCAUUACUCAGCCAGCGGGAGGCUGUUCCCCCAGGGAACCUCCCCCAGCGUCCUGACCGGCUGCCAAUGAGCGAUGCUUUCUCUGACAACUGGACUGAUGGCUCCCACUAUGACAACACAGGUUUUGUCUCAGAGGAAGCCACAGGCGAGAAUGCCAACAACAAUCCUCUCUUAAGCUCAAAGGCCAGAAGCAUACCUGCUCAUGGGCGCAGGCCAUUAAUCAGGCAAGAAAGGAUCGUCGGUGUUCCCCUGGAACUGGAGCAGUCCACACACAGACACACGCCAGAAACAGAAGUGCCUCCUUCCAAUCCCUGGCAGAAUUGGACCAGAACACCCAGUCCAUUUGAAGACAGGACUGCCUUUCCUUCCAAAUUAGAAACAACCCCUACUACCAGUCCCUUGCCUGAAAGAAAAGACCACAUGAAGGAGCCUACAGAGGCAGCUGGUCCCUUUUCUCCAGGAGUGCCAUGGGAGUACCAUGACUCUACCCCCAACAGGAGUCUUGGUAAUGUCUUUUCUCAAAUCCACUGCCGUCCAGAAUCAUCUAAAGGUGUUAUUGCAAUGAGCAAAAGCACAGAGAGGCUCUCCCCACUCAUGAAAGACAUAAGGUCCAACAAAUUCAAAAAGUCUCAGAGUAUUGAUGAGAUUGACAUCGGCACCUACAAGGUUUAUAACAUUCCACUGGAAAACUAUGCCUCUGGGAGUGAUCACUUAGGAAGCCAUGAGAGGCCAGACAAGCUGUUGGGACCAGAGCAUGGCAUGUCCAGUAUGUCCAGGAGCCAGUCGGUACCUAUGCUGGAUGACGAGAUGCUCAUGUACGGAAGUAGUAAAGGGCCACCCCAACAAAAAGCAUCUAUGACUAAGAAGGUCUAUCAGUUUGACCAAAGCUUCAAUCCACAAGGGGCAGUGGAAGUUAAAGCAGAGAAGAGGAUUCCACCCCCUUUUGCACACAAUUCUGAGUAUGUGCAGCAGCCCAGCAAAAACAUCGCCAAGGAUCUGGUCAGCCCCAGAGCCUACAGAGGAUACCCACCCAUGGAGCAGAUGUUCUCCUUUUCCCAGCCAUCUGUGAAUGAGGAUGUCAUGGUGAAUGCUCAGUUUGCCAGCCAGGGGCCCAGGGCAGGCUUCCUAAGGAGGGCUGACUCCCUGGCCAGCUCUACUGAGAUGGCCAUGUUCAGAAGGGUCAGUGAGCCCCAUGAGCUGGCUCCUGGUGACAGGUAUGGCCGAGCAGCCUAUAGGGGAGGGCUGGAAGGCCAGAGCAGCAUUUCAAUGACUGAUCCCCAGUUCCUCAAAAGGAAUGGCAGGUACGAAGAUGAGCACCCUUCAUAUCAAGAAGUGAAAGCGCAGGCGGGCAGUUUCCCCGCUAAAAACCUUACCCAGAGGAGGCCUCUAUCCGCCAGGAGCUACAGCACAGAGAGUUAUGGGGCCUCCCAAACAAGGCCAGUUUCAGCUAGGCCUACCAUGGCAGCCCUCCUGGAAAAAAUACCAUCUGACUAUAACUUGGGUAACUAUGGUGACAAGACAUCAGAUAACAGUGAUAUAAAGACAAGGCCCACCCCUGUGAAGGGAGAGGAGAGCUGUGGCAAAAUGCCGGCAGACUGGAGACAGCAGCUGCUUAGACAUAUAGAAGCUAGAAGGUUAGACAGGAACGCUGCUUACAAACACAACACAGUUAACCUUGGCAUGCUGCCCUAUGGAGGUAUUUCAGCAAUGCAUGCAGGCAGAAGCAUGACUUUAAACUUGCAGACUAAGUCUAAAUUUGACCUUCAAGACCUACCUCUUCAGAAAACCCCGUCCCAGCAAAGCAACAUUUUAGACAAUGGACAAGAAGAUGUGUCUCCUAGCAGCCAGUGGAAUCCUUACCCACUUGGGAGGCGGGAUGUACCUCCGGACACCAUUACUAAAAAGGCAGGCAGCCACAUUCAGACCCUGAUGGGGUCACAGAGCCUUCAGCACCGCAGCCGGGAGCAGCAGCCAUAUGAAGGGAACGUCAACAAAGUAACUAUUCAGCAGUUCCAGUCGCCAUUGCCCAUCCAGAUCCCCUCAUCACAGGCCACCCGGGGACCUCAGCCUGGACGGUGCUUAAUUCAAACCAAAGGGCAGAGGAGUAUGGACGGCUAUCCCGAGCAGUUCUGUGUGAGAAUAGAAAAGAACCCCGGGCUUGGAUUUAGUAUCAGCGGUGGAAUUAGUGGGCAAGGAAAUCCUUUCAAACCUUCCGACAAGGGUAUCUUUGUUACUAGGGUUCAGCCUGAUGGACCAGCAUCCAACCUACUACAGCCCGGUGAUAAGAUCCUUCAGGUUUCUGGGUUCAAGCCUGAGAUACACGCAAUCCUUGCAAUCCUUGAGCGUGCCCACAAAAUUAAGGAACAUGUAGUUACAACAAGUCACCACUAGGUGGAGAGCGUCUUCCUAGAUUGAUGCCUGAGCCUAGACAAGUCCUCAGAAGACUCAAUGUCUGACAGUUAUUAAUGCCCGUUCCUAUGCUCUUUAUUAAAGAUCAUGAUUGUGAUAUAAAUUUAAACGACGCCAAUGGAUUCUGUAUCUUUUGUACUAAAACGCUCAGGUUGAAUCAAUUUACCAGAGUGCAUAUUUCUCUCUCUCUCAGCCUUGGAUCCAUGUGUGCUGUGAUUCCGAUUUUUCUAAACUAUUCAGCAAGCUCAUCCACCAGUUUCACAGUUUUUCUCUAGAUUGUUUGAGUCUUCCAAAUACUUUGUGCUGAUCUCCCUCAUUUUAUCCACAUUGCCAUAGAGACUCACUGUGGUUCUGAGAUAUUUCGGGUCUCAGGACCUCUGACAGAUGGGUCCUGGUUAAAGAAGCCAUGUCUAAGCUAAGGGUGUCUUAGGCUCUGCUUGGGUUUCUCCCUUGCUGAUCCCAUUAACACCCCCCCAAACCGGGGGCCUCAGACUCCCCUCUGCCUACACUUAAUCUUGUCCAGCGAAAGUAAACAGAAGACAAGAUGUUCUUUCCUGAAGCUUAUUAAAACUUUAAAUCUGCUCUUUUUCUCCAAAGGAAGCUGCUUUCUUCUGGCCACAAGGUCAUCAGCCCCCACAGUGAGCUCUUAGCAGAUUCUGGUCAGCCUCUUUCAGGGGCUGGGGACUAAUCGCUGUGACCCCAAGCCUGCUGGUUUUGACACCAGGCAGGCUCACCAGCUGAGCUUCCGCUCCUUUUAGGCGGCUAAGGACUCCUUGGACAGCUUGGCUUGCACAGUGCUACCUGCCAGCAAGCACAGUGCUGCCAGCGCUGGUCUCUUCUUUCGGAAAACAUUUGGCUCUUUAACCUGCUUUCUUCUCUCUUUCGUCAUUACCCUCCUUUCAGACUUCAUGAACUAACCAGGGGAAUGAGAAGUGCCAAGAACCCCGGGACAAUGCUCCAGGUGUGCCCCACUGUACUGCCGCAUCUUCCUUGUGUAUCUGGCCCUGGGCUAGCACUCAAUGUUUAGUAGAAACCACCAAAGUGGGUUUCUUUGUUUUUUUGUUUUUUGUUUUUGUUUUUUUAUCUACAUAGUAGCCUUAGUGUUUCAGUCAUGGAAUAUUCUCUCAGUCAGGACACUCCUCCUUGUGCUGAGAUCAUGACCCUCUUGGGGCUCAGAGCUCAUUUCACUUUCUCCACUGCCAGCUCUGAUGCAAAGCAAACACCAUCUUCAGCUCUGCCGCAUGAAGGCAUCAGGGCUGGGCUUCAGAGGUUCAGAAAAUGAGUGUUACCCAGGUUGCUUAGUGGAGAAGCUUUCAGUGUGGGAAGAGAAGUCUGCAAGAAAAACUGUCUCCAACUUACUGGGCCGCUGACAUUUUUCCAGUUUGCUACCUCCUGAGAGAUCACCGAGGUGCACUUCACUGGUGUUCCUUAAAGCAGAGUUCCCUAAGAGGAAAAUAAUCAGGUCCUGUCUUUUUGCUGUAAGUAGUAAGCUGUUUGCAGCUAUCCAUCUUGACCCGUUUUCUUCCUGUUUUAAACAAUCUGGCAACACAUUUGCAUGCAGCUCUUCAGCCUUACUGUGGGAUCAUUCAACUUAGCAAUAAGUGCUUUGCAUUUGACAGGAUCUCAAAGAUUCCUUCUGGCCAAGAGAGACUCCACCCAGAGGGAUGCUUUAGUCAUCUAAGAUACUGUUGCCCAAACUGCACAUCUCUGUGCCUGCCUCCGAACACAAGUCAGAUGUGGGAAGCAAACCCCCUCCAACUACACACAUACACACACACACACACACACACACACCUGUCUCCCUCUGUACUAGUACUCCUUUUUUUCAUUUACACAAACUUCUUCACAAAAUCUGGGCCUCUAGGAUCUGGGGCCCUAGGUCAUCAUAAAUAGCUCAAAAGUAAGAAACCAGGAGUUUGGUUUUCCUUUUUAAAACUGUUUUUAUAAAUAUUCCCACAUGUUCACCUACCAAGAUGUAGACAUUUAAUUGUUUGUUUGUUUGUUUGUUUAUUCAGAAUGCUUCUAGACCUGUAAUUUGAAUAGGUGUAGUUGAGGGACCUGUCUACUGUUGUUUCAAGGCAUCAUACCCAGGAUUCUGAGCCUGCCCAGCAUGUAGAUGCCCACCCCAGCCCCUACGGAAGUGCCCAAGGGGCUGUCUCCAGAGCCCUAGCCUGCAGGGUUAAUGCUUUUUCUUUUUUUUAAUUAUCAAUGAUUUUUUUAUAAUUUUUAUUUUUUUAAUAUUAGUUACAGUUUGUUAACUUUGUAUCCCUGCUAUAUCCCGCUCCCUCUCUCCCUCCCAAUCCUACCCUCCCACCUUCAUCUCCUCCCUGCCACUUUCCAAGUCCACUGAUAGGGGAGAACCUCCACCCUUCCAUCUGAUACUGGUUUAUCAAGUGUCUUCAGGACUGGCUGCAAAGUCCUCCUCUGUGGCCUAGCAGAGCUGCUCGUCCCUGGGGGAGGGGUGUCAAAGAGCCCACCAUUGACUUCAUGUCAGAAACAGUCCCUUUUCCCCUUAUUAGGGUACCCACUUGGAUACUGAGCUACCAAGGGCUACAUCUGAGUAGAGGCUCUAGGUUGCAUCCAUACAUGGUUCUUGUUUGGAGAAACAUAUCAAUAAUUUUUUAAAAACCUUUAUUUUUCUGGUUAAUUUUCAAUUAAGUCAAAUAAAUAGAGGCCUAUGUUCAAAGUUCUAAAAUUGGAACAAUUGAACAGACUUUCCCAUCAAGAAACAGUCAAGUGGGGAGACAGAUGCUUAUGAAGCCUAACAAACUCCUGUGUCUGUGAGACAUGGGGACACCAGAGAACACAUGCUCACUGUCUCUCUUAUUCUGACAAAGUAGCAAAGAAUUCCUUUAAGUUUUUUUGAUUCAUAGUGUGGAUAUGAGGCAUUCUGGAAGGCCAGUUCCUGUUUUUCAUUUGUGUUUUUAUCCAGAAAGGACAAGUCUUUGGAGUCAGAGGCAGCAAUAUCCAGAAUAAGUCAUAUUAGGCCUGGCUUGCCAGUCCUUUUGAUUUAGUCCUUCAGGGAAGCUGCCCUCAGUGAUCAAAGCCAGAGAGAAUAUAGGAAUCAGGAUCUCAAGGCUGGACAACCAAGGCCUGCUGCUCUAAUCUAUGUCCUUGAGGUAUUGUGUUUAUACAGAAAAUAAGACCCAAAGGUGCCAACAAGAAAUGCAACUUAAACUGCACCUAUGAUAUUAAAAUUGACUGAGAAGUAAAAGACAGAGUUCCUGGAGUGAGACUGAUGUAAACGCCUCCUGAAUACGUCUUCAACAGCUGAAACUCUUAGUGUUCAGUCCUAAUGGACUUUUCUCUAAGGGUGGUACAACAGUGGCCAUUUAAGCUGUCUUAUCCACAUCAGCUGCUAAGAAGCAGCAACUCUCCAGGUCACCAUAGGGGCGGCAAGGGGAACAGGUGUUUGUUUACUUUCUCUUUGUUUACUUUCAGCAAAACACCAGUUUUUGUUCCUUGAGGUUAAAAUUAGAGCCUCCCCCCCUUUCUUUAGGUGUAGUCUAGGGUUGAGGCAACAGUAAUAGAGUUAGGAUGCAUUCAAAUUCAGCGGCAGAGCCACCCUUGACAGUGAAGAGCUAGAAUGGCCUAGUGUAUCUGUGCAUCAGGAGAAACACGCAGCAUAGCUGCAUUUCAAAAUGAGAUUGUGCACUUGGGAGGUAGAAGAGUUGCAUCUCUGAGUUCAAGGUCAAACUGGUCUACAGAAUGAGUUCCAGGAUAGCCAGGGCUACAUAGAGAAACCCUGUCUCAAAAAAACAAAAAUUAAAAAAAAGGGGGGGAUUAGGUUUUGAAAAUACAUGAGGUAUUUCCUGACCUCCAGGCACCAGUUUAGAAUGCUAGACACCCAGGUUGGAAGGCACUGAAACACAAUCAGUAGAGGGCCAGUAUGGAAAGUCCAUUUGUUGUAAAAAGUUGAUAGUGCUGCUCCAUAAACAUUGUCAUUUUACUUUGUUGUUGUUUGGUUUUGUUUUUUGAGAUAGGGUUUCUCUGUGUAGCCUUUGCUGCCCUGGAGCUUGCUCUGUAAAUCAGGCUUUCCUUGAACUCAUAGAGAUCCGCCUGCCUCUGCCUCUUCCUCCUGAGUGCUGGGAUUACAGGCAUGUGCCACCACUGCCCGGCUGUCAUUUCACUCGUAAGUCAGUUUUUGGAAUCCCCAUAUCUUUGGGACAAUAAAAAAAACAAUAAAUAUCCUUUAUUAAGGAGACUGGUUCUUUUUUUUUUAAUGGUAUAUUGUUACAUGACAAACAAUCAAAAACUGUCACACUAAGGUAUUAGACAUGACAGUGAAUUUUGAAGCAGCCACCAAAGAAGUGGAGAGAAUAAAUCAAAUUUUUUAAAAAAUAUUUGAGUAGGAGCUUGGGAAAUGGUUCAGUAUGUAAAGAGUUUACAAUGCACCUCAUAGGCCUAAGUCAGGACCCUCAGAACACACAAAAAUUCUGGGCACGUUCCUGUUAUCCUUGGCUCAGAAGGCAAAGGCAAAUGACCUCCUGGGCAAGCUGCCUAGCUGGAUUAGCUCUGGUUUCAAAUGUAAGGCCCUGCUCCCAUGUGUAAGAUGGAGAAAGAUUGAGGAACAUGUUUGACAAUCACUUUGGGCCUCCUCUACAAGCACACACACAUGUGCACACAUGCCCAAACACACAGGCACUCACAUAAAAGCAAAAGCAUACAAAAGAAAGUGUAGUAGAAUUUUAGUUCUUAGUUCCUUACAGGAGUUCUAAUACCAUGGAACUCUUGUCUGUGAGAUGGAUGUGGUAUACUUAUUAUAUACAGUAGAUGGAUGGCCUCUAAGAGGGCAACUGUUUGCCCAAAGAAUGACCUACCAGGAGAGAGUUAAUUAAUGUUUGAAGCUAGUCACUUGUCAGUUUAGUACUCCAUGUCUCCCUCCAGACACGAACGGUCAGAUUUUAGACACCAUAUAUUAACAGAAGCAGCAAUUCACUCAUUGUGCCAACUCCAUAGCUAAUUCUGAAGACCUCAUGAUAUGCUUGCCUCUUUCCGAGAUCUGCCUGCUACUCACUGAGGAUAGUAACUGCAGCGCUCCACAGAGCCAUCAGUAUUGGUCCCUCAUCAGAUUGUUCAACCCUGACCUUCAUUGUGGUAUUCAUAUAAAGAAAUGUAGUCUGUACACGCCAGGCUUCGUGCCCCACCCUGUUCACCAUCCAUAGUGUCCAGGUCCCUCAGAGAUUCCAGAAGCCUCUGAAGGGCUUCAGUGAGGUGCUCUAACAGGUCAGGAAGUCACUGAUAAAUCAUAGCUUCUAGAGAAAUGGUUUUUCGGGGUGCUGCUUCAGUCAGACCACUUGCUGUUAGUCACUAAGGAUAACUGCCUGAUCAUGGCUUAGCUCUUGACUUUGCAGGCUUCAUGCCUGGUGGAUGCCAUGUUCAGUUUUAGGAAGGUCACCAGGGGAGGGCGUGUGAAAGCUGUCACUGUGGUUUGAGGGGCUGAGGCAUCUCCCUUGACCAUCUGCAUCUCACAGUGCAUUUCAGGAUGGGUCACAGCCAAGGCUUGUGAAGAGAGCUUUUCCGGAAGCUGGAAAGAGAAGAGGGGUGGUUUCCAGGAGCACAGGCACACACCCACCUCCCUCAAGUUUAGGGUUGAAACUGCUAGGUCCUCACUAACAACGUCCCAACAUUGUCUGGUUGGCUGGCUAGCUUCAAGAUGAGACUAGCUCAGAGAGGCUUUGAGCAAGUGAAGAGAAAUCCCUCUUUCCCUGAGAAAUUCAAUCCUCAAUUACUUAUGGUGGUUGCCUGGGGUAGGGGUGGGGAAUGCUGUAAAUCAUGGCUUUUAUUGCUGUUCUUUGGCUUUUGGUUUUGAAUUCUUGGGAGGCUGUUUCAAGCAAUAAUGUGAGGUAUGCAGUAAUCCUGUCAGGUGCUACCUCAGGCUUGGAGUUAGAGGGUCUUCUGCAGGUUGCCUAAUUACAUACACAAUUAACAUCAGGGCUGAAAAGCUUAACCUUAUCAGGGAUGAAACUAGGUUUUACAGAGUUCCUUUAACCAAAUAAGGUUGCUACUUUCUAUCUCCUUCCUGCAUCUGCCUUGGGACCAUUAACUGCUAAGUCACUUUGACCAUUUUCAUUGAUCUCCCCAGAUGAGAAUCACUUUCUUUAAAUCACAAAGGCUUAAACAACAAUGUAGAAAUCUACUUAUCAUUUCUUUCCAAUUUAAUACUUCACUCUUUGUCAUAUUUUCAUUUUCUUGCAUUAGUUCCCAUGGCAACAAGUCUGUUGGCAGUGAAAGCGUAACUCUGCUUUUAGCUUUGAGCACAGUGUUAAACUCCUUUUUAGGCAAGUGCCACAUAAACAAGCAGAGGCUGGCAUUCUCUUGCUAAUGACAUUUUCCUCUUACAUUGAUUUCCCAGCCUAUCCCUAACUAAGCAAAGCUCUCACAAGUACUACUCAGAACCCCGACAGAGAAAUAUGCAGAAGCCUUCCAGGCACCACAGCUUCAAGAAAUUAACCUUUGGGUUCCUAUGGCUUCCCUCUUCCAUGUGGCAGUAAUAUGAAAGCAUCCAUUAGGGCUGAACAGAAAAGCAAAUUUCGGUCAAUUCGUAUUAAAAACAAGCUCAGUAUAUCUGAGGACAUACAUAUGUCCUGAACUGAGCUUCAAAUCAGGGUCAAAUGGCAAGACAAGAGGCACUUAAGCAGACUUUCUCCCAGUAAGCAAGUGGCAAAGAGGCCAGGCUCUAAGCUCUUGAAACGAAGCAGACUCAGGUAUGAAAAACAUGAUAUGGUCCUGUUGGUUGCCUGCACAUAGGGAAACUUCAGUUGCAACAAUUUGUGACCAACUUUGAAAAAGCAAGUGAUUCCAUCAGACUUAAUGAUGUACACUUGUAAUCAGCAAUGGAGUGCUAAGACAGGAAUAUUACAAGUUUGAGGUCAGUCUGGGCUACAUGGUAAGAUCUUGCAAGGGCUGGGAUGUAAUGUCCUAGGUUAAAUUCCCAGCAUCUAAAAAGCCUACCAAAAGCUGAAGGGAUGGGAUGUAGAAAUAAAGGGGAGAGGAGUCUGCAGAAAAUCCAACCCCAAGAUUAAGCGUUCGUUUUAAAUUUUAGGUUCCAGCAUGGCUUGGCAGCUCUAAUUACUGCUUCAGUGUCCAGGAAGCAACAGGUCUAUGUCAGAAACUAAACAGGAUUUACCCAGAUAUGUGUAGAUUAAAAAACAAAAACAAAAACCAACACAGAUGCAUUCAGGGGUAUGGAUAUAUAUUAAGUAAAAUGUGGUUAUGUCAAGUAUAGUUAGGAGAAUGAUCAAAUGCAAAUGAUCUCUUUUUUGCUUGGUCUCAUGAAACACUUGAGCACCAAGCUGCUUAUAUUGUAUAAAUGUAUUUUUGGGUGUUCAAAGGUUAUUUUCCUAUAUUAAGAAGUUUAUUAAAACCUUUUAUUGCAACUCAGGUUUUGUGUCUCUUAGACACAUCUUUUUCUUUGCUAGUUUGUUUUGCACAACUGGAGUGUGAGGUUGGAUAAUGCCCAACAGGUCACCUGAACUGCCAGGUAGCUAGACUAAGGAAAGUAUUUGACACAUGGACAAACCACGUUGUUUUUCAUAGCUCUCCAUCCUUCUACUAAAUAUGGUUAGUCGGGAAAUCUUAGAUGAAUUUGUUUUUUUAAAGUCUCUGGAAAAACCAAGACAAAUCUCUCAGGCAGAUAAAGAAUUUCCUGUAUUUGCCCAAGUGUACUAUUAAAAUAAAUAUUAUUUUCAAUACUUGUUUUUCUACCCAGAGGGUAUUCACUGGUCUCAGACCAGAAAAAGGACACCUUGCUUAGAUCAGGACAGCUGAGUACUGCUUAACUCUUAGGAAACUUUGUUUUGCUUUGAUGUCAACAGACUGCAAGGAAUGUUUUCGUAUUUCUUCUCCAAUAAUUAGACAUUUCCUUUGCUUCCCUCCUCAAAAGAGCAAGCCUUACUGUGAUGUAUGUUUGGAGGAAAGAGAAAGGUAACUGGCAGGUAAACCACUCAACUUUUGUUGGAGGAGUCGAUCAAGUUCUUUCUGUAUUCAGUGACUAGAAAGGCCUGAAGGUAGAUACGAUAGUGACACUGUUCACACAGGAAGGAAAGCACAGUCCAUGCUGGCACGAAGCCAGCAGAUCUACUGAACUUCCAAAGGGUAAGCUCAUUUUGAGGUCACUACAGGUUAUGGCAAGAAUGGGAAUUUUCUUUCCUACUUACAGCCACCCAAGGGCACCCACACUCAGCUGUGUAUGAGAACUCAACUGUGGUCUCAUUUUUUUCAGGAACCAAUAAGCAUCAGAAAAGUGACUAUGUUGCAAGACAAGGGUGGGCUCCAAGAGGUGUGUAGAGAGUUAUACAGACACACUGAAGGCUGCCUUGAAAUUUAUUUUCCCAUCUUCCAAACUAUCAGAUCGAUGACUUUUGCCCUCAGCAAUUUGUGGGAGACAAAUCUAUUUCAUUAUUCUGUAAGUUCUAAUGUUUAAUGUUUCAAACUCAUACAAAUUUCUGAAGUCCUAUCAGCCAGUUAGUGAAGUAUCUCACUCUCAUACAUGUCACAGAGAAACUCGUAAGCGACACAGCUUUGGGUCUCUUGGCUAGUACUUUUGGGUGGGACCUGGCUUCUCUACCCGGGGAACACAUCCACAGUAACAGGGCUCCACUGUCAGAGCGUGACCUGAGACCUUACCCCAAAACCUCCUUUCCAGCUGGUGACACUCGAGUGGCAGGUGAAGUGCUCUCUGUCCAUCCUUUGCCGUUCAUGUGGACAUCUUGAUGUGUGUCAGUGCACUGACAUUCUACACGCUGUAUAUAUUGCAUGCAUUUCACUGCAGUCUAUGGACACUCCCUUUGUAGAGCUUUUACAAAGAACCAAGAAGCCAAGGCAGUUUAGCAAAUGAGGCUCAAUAUCUAUAAACUGGGGCCUUUUCUGUCUCUUUGCUAGCCUAGGUGUCUGUACACAAACUGGGUGGGAGGGUAGCGAGCACCUCACACAUCACAUUUUGGUUUUCUACUUGGGUGUACUCUAGCCAAUUCAAAACAAAUUGCUUACUUUAAUAAUGAAGUUUCCAUUUUAUAUUAAAAAAUCAAACCAUGACAUGUUUAAUUGAAAUGGCUGUAUUGUAAUUAAUAUUUUGAGAUAAUUGUGAUUUUGAACUUAAAAUUAUAUAGAAAAAUUGUCAUUUUUGUAUGUGUUAAAAAUAAUGUACCAUGAUUAGCAGUACUUUUUAGUUGAACCACAUAAUGAUGUAUAUAAAACUGAAUGAAGAAACACUUACUACUUUACUAACAUAGAUUGUGAAUGUACUUCAUGGUUUUUUGCCAUAUGAGACCAUAACAACCUUGAAAGCUGUUUAAUUUUAUGUGCAAAGUCCCACUAAUCUGUAUUUUGACUUUGCCAAGCCAGCGACUUUGCAAGUGUGAUCUGUACUCUCCAGCUGUGUCUUACGUUCUGACACUAUGGGUUAAGGUAGUGUGUGGUCUGGAAGCAUCUGCAGAUGCGCUUUGUACAGAUAAUUGCGCUGUGCGGUGUACAGCAGAGCCAUUUUUAAGGUUCUGUUGUACUCAAAUUUUUCAGUACUUAAAAGUGUUUUGAAUAACAUAAAAGUCUAUUGUAUAAAUAAUAAAAUGUCACCUUAUUA